ACGGUUGUCAAUUUUUUUGUUUGUUUAUAAACCGAAUCAAAUUUUUGAAUCAUGACCGAUAAAUUAUUAUCGACCAUUAUAAAGCCGAAUAAUAUUUACAAAGAACGGUCACAAUAUCCGAUUAUUUUUUCCGAUUUGAAUUUAAUUAAUGAUCAUUGUAAUUAUUCAUCUAGUCCUAAAAUGAUGCAAUCUAACAAUAAACAUAGAAUGGACAAUCAACGAAAAUCUCCUCGUGCUAAUACUAAGACGUUGAAAAAAAUGAUACCACCUAAUAAGAAGAUAAAUGAUUGUCUAAAAGAUCAUCUAAAAGAAAAAAAUGAUGAUAAACCAUUAGAUUCGAAAUAUGAUAUACCGCCAAGUCCAAGGCCAUUAUUGAAACAACUUACAUCAUCAAAAGGUAAUGAUUGCCAUCAAACUAAACGUGUUAAACGUACAAGCGAUACUGGCAUCGAAUUUGUGAGAAACAAUAUCGAAAAAAGGAAGAAAUUUCGUUCAAAUAAUUUGAAACAGCAAGAAUCCAUUGCGAAUCAAUCAGAUCAGCAAACGAAACAAUCACAUUUCAUAAUUGGUAGAGCAUUCUCGCCUACACCAUAUACACCUGAACGGCCUGUUUUGGGUCCAAUUCAACAAAAUAAUUUCAUAUCUCAUUAUGAUAAAAAUCUUUUUCUACUUCCUUUUUUAUCGAUCAACCCAAGCCUUUUUAACAUGGAAAAUAAACAUCAAAUUGUUGAUUUCAAUUCGUUAGAAGAACGCUACAUUGAUAAUAUAAAAAAAUCGUAUGAAAUUACUAAAUUACCAUUCAAAUUAGAAACAUUACUCAAAAACGGUAUGAAAUUGCGUUAUGGUUCAAUCUCACGUUAUAAAAUGGACAAUUUGGCUUUAAUCACUAUAAAUACAUUUGCUCAAAUCAUGCAAGCAGUUUUUCAACCGAAACCUGAACAGAAAUCUCAAUCAGAAUUCUUAUUAACAAUGGUCUGUAAGAAUCAAAUUGAUGAGGACGAUGAAAAUGUUUCCUAUAGUUUUGUACAUGAAAUAUUCAAAUGUAAACUUACACUUGAUCUAGUUUUCGAGCAACAUCAUUUCCUCAAUUAUAUUGUUAUCAUUGGAUCGAAAAUGGGUGAUAAUAAUGCCAAACAAAAUGAAUCUUACGUGGGAUUCAUUAAUGAUGUGGAAAUUGAAUAUCGAAAUGAUGGCCAAUGGCUUAGAUAUGAAAUUAUGAGAUAUAAUAACAAUAAAAAUAAUGAUAAAUCAACCAAAUUAUCACUGGAAGACGAUCAAUGGCUUAUCAAACCAUUGUUCUAUUUACGGCCUUCUUUACGGCUUUUCGAAACGCUCACCUAUCUGGAAUCACAUCGAGCCAAUUUGUUUAAAUCAUUAAUCGAACUUAAUACAGAAUUAUGUUGCUUUCAAACAAGUUUAAAUGAAUUACAUGUGAAAUCAUUUCAAUUAUGCGAUACGCAUCGAUAUACUGUCCAACAACAGAAUAUUAUUAUGGCAUCAUUGAAGAUGAUGAUGUUACCACAUAUAAAAUUUCGUAUGCUUAUGAUACAAGGUCCACCCGGUACUGGUAAAACGCAUACAUUAUUAGGUAUUGUCAAAAAUAUUCUAUCUAAUCUUAUGGACAAAAAUACAACACCGAAAUAUCCAUUACGUAUAAUGAUAUGUGCACCAAGUAAUGGUGCUAUCGAUGCAAUCGGAUUACGUUUAUUAGAAGAAAAAGAUACAUUUCUUCCGAAUGGCCGUCCACUUCGAAUGGUACGCAUUGGACAACCUCGAGAUAUUCAUACAGAUAUGUUACCAUACGAAAUUGAGUCAUUAACAAAUUGGAUAAUAAUGAAAAGAUAAAAAUUCCCAAAAUUUGAGAAACGAACCAACGUACGUGAUCGUCUCAUAUGUGAUGCAGAUAUAAUUUUAACCACAUUGGCUAGUAGCCAACAUUCAUCAUUGAAUAUGUUCCGAUCACAUUCCACAUCAUUUAAUUAUUCAAAAAUGGCCAUCCGUUGUUUGAUUAUCGAUGAAGCAUCUCAAUGUAGUGAACCUGAAUUUUUGAUGCCUUUCCUUUAUGAAUCCAUAACUAAAGUUAUUAUGAUUGGAGAUCCAUUACAAUUACCCGCUACUGUUAUAUCUCGUUGUGCUCAUCGUGCCGGUUAUGGCCGAUCAUUUUUGGAACGGUUUUAUCUACAUUUACAACAAUCAAAUUCGGAUGAACAUGCACCAUUAAUUAUGCGUCUUACGAAACAAUUUCGUAUGCAUAAAGAAAUUUGUAGCUUUCCUUCCAAACAUUUCUAUGAAUCAACAUUACUAACGGCAACUAAUAGUGGCUAUAAUCCCCAUAUAAAUUUUCAUCCGUAUUUUGUGUUCAACAUUACCGAUUCAAAAGAAUCAUCUUCGAACCAAUCAAAAUUAAAUGCUUUCGAAGUUAAAUUUAUAUGCAAACUAUUGAUAGAAAUAUUGAAUAAAAUCGAUUGCAACAAUAAUAAUUCAGAAAAUCGUCCUGCUAUAUCUAUUGGUGUGAUUACAUACUAUCGUGAACAAAAAAGGGCCAUAAAAGAGGGAUUGAAAAAUAAAAUUCCAGAUAAAUGGCUGGAACAUAUCCAGAUUGAAACGGUGGAUGCCUUCCAAGGACGAGAAUGUGAUAUCAUUAUUCUAUCAUGUGUUCGGGCCUACAAUACGAAUCAUCAAAAAGGAUCGAUUGGUUUUGUUCGUGAUCAACAACGAAUGAAUGUGGCAUUAACCCGAGCCCGAUCAUCAUUAUUUAUAUGUUUACAUAACGAAUCAUUUAAAAAUAAUCCUAGAUGGAAAGAUCUACUUUCGGAUGCUAACAAUCGUAAACGAUUAUUUAAUGUUGUUUCGAAUACUCGCAAUACGGAAUUGAAGCUUCUCCUGAAAUAAAGUAAUGACGAAUCGAUUAUUUCGACCAAAGAAUCUUUAUUAUCAAUAAUUUCAUAAACAGUUUCCAUUACACAAACUGAUAAUUAUUAAUUAUUAAUCUUUUAUAAAUAAAUAAAAAAAAUGUUUACACAUUAGAAACACA